AUGAAAAAUAAUUAAAGUGAGAAUAUUGAUUAGGAAAGCAAUUUACAAAAUAAAAGCUAAUUAAUUAAGUCAUUAGUUAAACAAAUAAUGUAGGAAAGUAGUAAAAUUCAUAAAUAAAAAUCUAAUAUAAAAAGAUCAAAAUGGAAUUAAGAAAGUUUAGAAUUAUUUCAAAAAUUAUAUCAUAAUUUUUUAGGAGAUUUAAACAUGAUACACUCAUAUUUUUAAUAACAUACUGAAUUUAAAUUUACCAAAAAAUAAAUCAAAGUAUAAAUCUUUUUAAAUUAUGAUAGAAAUAGUUCUCAUAGUAGAUUAACUAUUUGUUUAAAUCUAAUUAUAAAUCUAUGGAUGAAGAAAUAUAUGCUAAGUACUGUGAUACUUAGUAGUACAUUCCUUCAUAAGAUAAUUAUUCUGAAGAUUAAGAAAAAAGUGUAACAAGCUCUAUAAUAUUUCAUUCAAGCAUUUUUUGA